AUGGGAAUUAGCUCAGUCCCCAGCUUCUCCAAAAUGCGAAAGCUGCCAUGCAUAUUAACACUCACGCUCUUGCUCCUCUGCCUCACAAUCCUCCUCUUCACCAAAACCAACACCUCUUCUCCUCUCUUGUUCUACUCCGAUGUUCAGACCUCAAACCCCAUCACAUCACCGUCCCUCCAGACUGGUGCCGUUUCGGAUGGAGCCACUAUUGUUUCUGUGACUUUGAAUUGGGAACUCUGUACGGGUUGGGGAGCUGUUGAUUACAUACCAUGUUUGGAUAACUUCAAGGUAAUCAGGGCCUUGAAGACGAGGAGGCAUAUGGAGCGUCGUGAACGGCAUUGCCCGGAGCAGAGUCCAAGGUGUCUGCCGCCACUUCCCAAGGGUUACAAGGUGCCAGUUCCGUGGCCUAAGAGCAAGGACAUGAUAUGGUAUGACAAUGUUCCUCACCCAAAGCUUGUUGAGUACAAGAAGGACCAAAAUUGGGUAAAGAAGUCUGAUGAUUAUCUUAUUUUUCCUGGCGGUGGUACUCAGUUUAAGGAAGGAGUUAAUCACUACACUGACUUCAUCGAAAAGACUUUACCAGUUAUUGAAUGGGGGAGGCAUGUAAGGGUUGUUUUAGAUGUUGGUUGUGGUGUUGCUAGCUUUGGUGGCUAUUUGCUGGACAGAAAUGUUAUUACCAUGUCAUUUGCCCCAAAAGAUGAACAUGAAGCUCAGAUACAGUUUGCUCUUGAAAGGGGAAUUCCUGCUACUCUCUCGGUUAUUGGAACACAAAGGCUGACAUUUCCCGACAAUGCAUAUGAUUUGAUUCAUUGUGCAAGGUGCAGGGUUCACUGGGAUGCAGAUGGUGGGAAACCACUAUUGGAGCUCAACAGGAUUCUUAGGCCUGGAGGUUUUUUCAUAUGGUCUGCUACACCGGUUUAUCGUGAUGAUGAUAGAGAUAAGCGUGUAUGGAAAUCUAUGGAGGCUCUGACAAGAUCAAUGUGCUGGGAUGUUGUCGCUAAGACUGUUGAUUCAACUGGAAUUGGGCUUGUAAUAUAUCGGAAGCCCAUCUCAUUUGUACGAUAUUUUAAACGCAAAGAAAAUAAACCACCUAUUUGUGGUCCUAAAGACAGGAAAAACAGUUCAUGGUAUGUGCCACUCAGUUCUUGUGUUACCCUACCACCUCGAUCUAGCUGGCCCUUACCCUGGCCCAACAGGCUUACCAGUAAACCUCCGAGCCUAGCUACUAACCCAGAAGCUGAGGAAAUGUUCUACAAGGACACCAUACAUUGGUCUGCACUUGUGUCAGAUGCCUAUGUGAACAAUGCUGCUAUAAACUGGUCAAGCGUGCGGAAUGUAAUGGAUAUGAAUGCUGGUUAUGGAGGAUUUGCUGCGGCACUUACCGAUCAACUUCUCUGGGUAAUGAAUGUCAUCCCCGUUCAUGUACCAGAUACUCUGUCCGUCAUUUUCGACAGAGGGUUGAUUGGAAUUUACCAUGACUGGUGCGAGUCUUUGAAUACCUACCCUCGAACAUAUGAUCUACUGCAUUCCAGUUUUCUCUUUGAAAACCAUUCGCAAAGAUGCGACAUGAUAGAUGUGGUGGUGGAAAUGGAUCGCAUAUUAAGGCCUGGUGGGUAUUUAGUGGUUCAGGACACAAUGGAAAUGAUAAACAAGAUGAGGCCAAUUUUGCAUUCGCUUCACUGGUCGACAGCUGUCCACAAAGAUCAAUUUCUUUUUGGUAAGAAAGGUUUCUGGCGUCCCGGAAGAGGUUCAAGUAAAUCAUGA